CCAGUUUCUUAGCCCCGUAAGAUCUCUAAUCUGUGAUAACUCCCAACAUGUUCAAGUUUUUCGUCAUUGCUGCAUGCGCCAUUUCUUGGGCCUCCGCUGGCGUCAAGCAAAGCGUAGUUCUUGAACCCCAACAGCAGGCCAGUCACGGUAUUGAAUCGAUCCAGGGCUAUGAAGACGGCGGGUACGGCGGAGAGUAUGACGGACACGACAUCGGUUCCGACGGAGGACACAGCAGCGGUGCCGAACUGACCAGUCUCGCUCAUAGCUCCGCCCAGCAGGCUAAGAACGCCGUCCAGAACCAGCAGACCGCAGGAUCCCAGGCAGCUUUCGGUAUCUCCAGCAGCUUCGCCAGCGCCGCCUUGGGGGCCGCUCAAACCGCCCAAGCAGCCCUCGUAGGCAAGCAAGCCAUCGUCCAGAACCUCAGGAGGCAGUUGCAGGAAGCCCAGCGUCUACUCCAAGGCGAAAUCCACCAGUACCAACAUUCCGAAGCCUCCGCACUCGCCGCCGCUCAGGCUUCCCAACAAGCCCAGACCCAGCUCAGCACCCUCACUGCAGCCUUAGCCGCAGUGCAAGGUGGCGCCCAACACGCCCAGCAAGCCGCAUCCGAAGCGGCCAACGCAGCUGCCGCCCAACAAUCCAUGGUCGUCGAAGCUAAACAGCGCGUGGCCCGCAUCUUGGGUCAACUCCACAAUGCUCUGGAAGGACUUCAGGAGACCGAACUUGCUGCUCUCAAGGCCGCCGAGGCUGCCCAACAGGCGCAGUCCAACGCGGCUUCAGCUGGAGCUGCUGUCGCAGCUGCCGGAUCUAAGGGAGGUCAUUCCGAAAUAUCUGGAGGCGGUUACCACUACUAACAUGUUUCAUCACCAGUUGUUCUAAAUUUUGUAUAUAGCCUGUUUUAUAUUUUUGUGAAUAAAGUUACAAUACUCACGUAAA